GUCCAAGGUCCGGUGUAGACCGUAACUCGGUCGUGUUGUUGUUUUUAUUGUAGUGUGUGUGUGUGUGUUUUGUUGUAUAAUUUGCGCCAAGUGUGAUUUGUUUAACCCUUUUGUUCUGGUGCACGCGCUGUCGGUGUUUUUAAACCUCAGUCUGAGAGAAUGGCGGAAGCUCCGGAGGACGUGCACACGGAUGAGUGUCUCAGCUCAUACACACACAUCUACUGCCAGGACCUGCUCAAGGAUCAAGUGGCCUUCGUAACAGGUGGCGGUUCCGGCAUCGGCUUCCGUAUCGCUGAGGUCCUAAUGAGGCACGGCUGUGACACGGUGAUUGCCAGCAGGAACCUGGAGAAGCUCACUGAGGCGGCUAAGAAGCUGACCAGCGCGACAGGACGACACUGCCUGCCCCUGCAGGUGGACGUGCGUCAGCCAGACACCAUCUCUAACGCCGUAGACGAGACGCUAAAAGAGUUUGGACGCGUCGAUAUUCUCAUCAAUAACGCGGCGGGGAACUUCCUGUGUCCUGCCUCGGCUCUGUCCUUUAACGCUUUUAAGACGGUUAUGGAGAUUGACACUAUGGGGACGUUUAACACCAGCAAAGUUGUCUAUGAAAAAUGGUUCAAAGAUCACGGUGGCUCCAUAGUAAACAUCUCGGCCACGCUCGGAUACAAAGGUCAAGCGCUCCAGGUGCAUGCUGGGUCGGCUAAAGCUGCCAACGAUGCCAUGACGAAACACUUGGCAGUAGAGUGGGGUCCCAGCGGCGUGAGGGUGAACACCGUGGCCCCGGGUCCGAUCUCAGGCACUGAGGGUUACCGCAGGCUUGGCGGCUCGCAGGCGGAAAGCGCAGGAAUUUUCCGGACUAUCCCUCUGCAGAGGGCGGGAAAUAAAACGGAAAUGGCGCAUGCUGUUCUUUUUCUAGCGAGCCGCGCGGCGUCAUAUGUCACCGGUGCCACCGUGGUGGCUGACGGAGGGGCGUGGCUUACCUCGGCCAAUGAUGUGGAGCGCCUGCUGGGUAUACACUCAUCUCGCUCUGCUAAACUCUGAGGGGCAGCACUGCACACAGAUCUUUGGUCACAAGAGAAAAGGAGAGACAAAUAAUAACCCUGAUCUGGGAGGCGACAAAAACACUCACGUAGAUUCUAAUCACUAAACUACAGUAGAUAAUGUAAGAUACCGCACACGCUCAACUGUUUUCAUCAGUAUGUAUCAUGUGGUAGGCUUGACACUGGUCUGUGAAAUAAUGACUGGAGUUAAUGACUGGAGAAGUGAAAUAAAGAUUUCUAAAGAUUUAUCCUGAAGAUUUAUUCAAGAAAAAGACACUUAAGUAAUAGAACACUGAUAUUCACUGGAGCUGCAUAAAAAUAUAAUUACUAUAAUUUCCACCCAUAUAACCCAUUUAUUAUCAUCUUAUCCUAACAUUCCAGGAAAGGUUAGGCUUUGUUUAUACCACUGUAACAAAUACAUAUAAGAGAGAGAGAGAAUUCUUUGGUUCUUUUCCCUUGAAUCCCACUGUUGAUUUAACAUUGUUAUUAUAACGUUUAAAAAUAUGAAGUUAAAUUGGAUGUUCUCUAUUCUAGUUCUACUGACGAGAUUUCCAUAAUAAAACAGAAUUCUUGCUACUUCAUGGUGCCUUGUUUGUCUGUACUAUUUUGAUAUCGCCACUAGAGGGCGCAAAGGCUCUUUUUCUUUUUCCUUUUUUUUUUUUUUUU